GUGGCACAUGUUUUAUUUUAAGGUCGCCGCUUCAGCCCGACUGAGAGGAAUGGGGACCUCGUGGUAGUCAAUAAAUAAAACUUUCACUAUCACCACAAAAAACUUCCUUGCAGCUCUCUGUAAUUUUGGAAAACUAAACACUCAGCGCCUUGGAGAUAUAGCCUUGAAGAAACUUUUCUGCAACUUUUUUCAACAAGCCAAAGAGGGGGAAAAAAAAUUCUGUGUCUGCAGUGGGGAAACGUGGGGACAUUAAAGUGUCCAUCCAUCCAUCCAUCCAUUCAUCCUUCAAGAGUCCCGCUCGCAUCUCUCGCUUCCUGCCACUUGCCAACAUGACACGGAGAUCGUGUACCAUUUAUGUGGUUGGGAUCACCUGCGCCGUCCUGCUCGCGGUUGGGAUUGGCUUGUUUGCAGGGCAAGUUUUCCGCACAUUAAUGAACAACCGCCUGAAAAAGGAGAUCGUGUUGGUAGAGGGCAGCCGCGUGUUUGACUCAUGGAAAAAACCUCCCCCUCCUGUCUACAUGCAGUUUUUCUUCUUCAAUGUGACCAAUCCAAAAGAGUGUCUUGCAGGGGCAAAGCCAGAAGUUAAACAGAUUGGACCGUACACGUACAGGGAGUACAGGUACAAGGACAACGUAAGCAUGGUGGCAAAUGGCAAAAUGGUCUCCGCGUAUAACACGAAAAGCUUUGUGUUCCUGAGGGAGAAAUCUGUGGGUGAUCCAGCUGAGGAUAACAUCACCACUGUCAACAUCCCUGCCUGGGCUGUCAUGAACAAUGUGAAAGGUAGUUUCUGGAGGGCCCCCAUGGUUUCAAUCUGGAUGAACUCUCUCAAGAGUGAUCUGUUCACUACACGCACUGUGGAUGAACUGCUUUGGGGCUACGAAGAUCCUCUGCUGGUUCGCGUUGCUGGCACCAAACCUGAGGUGGAGACGGUGUUUGGACUCAUGUACAAGAAAAAUGGAAGCAACGACGGUGAAUUUAUCUACCACACUGGAGAGCAGAACUACAUGGAUUAUGGCCGGAUCGAAACAUGGAAAGGCCAAAGGGAGUUGACUUUCUGGAGCUCUAACUAUAGCAACAGCAUUGUUGGAUCAGAUGGAAGUGCUUUCCACCCCCUGCUUGACAAGGAUGAGCGCAUUCACAUCUUUACUCCAGACCUGUGCAGGACCAUCUACAUGGAGUUUGAGAAAGACGUCGAGGUGAAAGGGAUCCCAGCGUACCGCUUCACACCUCCACCCUCUGUCCUGGCCAGCAAAGAGGAGAACCCGAACAAUGAGGGUUUCUGCAUCACCCCAAAGGAGUGCCUGGGAACUGGCGUCCUUAAAGUCAGCCCCUGUCGGAAAGGUGCGCCAGUGGUUGCCUCCUUUCCUCAUUUCUACCUGGCAGAUGACAAAUAUGUGGCUGCCAUUGAAGGACUGUCACCUGAAAGGACGCAUCACCAAACUUUUCUAGACCUAAACCCGACCACUGGAGUGAUUGUACGCGCUAACAAAAGAGCACAGGUGAACAUCUUGAUGCAGCGAAUCCCCGGAUUCCCGAGCACUAGAUUCCUGAAUGAAACAGUAUUUCCUGUAAUGUUCCUAAAUGAGAGCGUGGAAAUUGACGAUGCAUCUUCAGAGAGAUUAAAGAAGCUUCUGCUGAUUAGCAAUUUGGUGUCCAACUUCCCUCUCGUCAUUGUGGGACUGGGUGUUAUUCUGCUCAUGGUCUUUGUCAUCCUCCUAUGCCGGGCUCGCAAACAGAAGAAUGAAGUUAAGCGCAUUGUGUUUACCAAGCCUCUUUAUGCUUCGUCUGCUGAAGACGACACCACUUACUCUCCAGUUAAUGAUAAAGAGAAGGAGGAUCCCCAGAAUGGAACCUACAUUGGUCUGACACCUAAGGCUAACGUGGAAGCUUGAGGAUGAGCAAGGGGUCUGUCAUAGAGGGCUCAGGUGAAGAGGAUAUGUUUUUAGUCUCAGAUGUCUUGUAUUAUAUGCUCUUAGGUUUCCUUAGAGAGCGCUAAACUCUAUUCCCAGACAAACAGUGUUUAGAACACAACAGUGGCUUCUUCUAGCUGCUGCUAAUUAUGUAAAAUAGUUGUAAACAGUCGUCCAAUAAGCAGAGAUGAAGAGUGUGCUCUGUGGUGGUUCUCAAACAGGGGUCCCCAAUCCCAGUCCACGAGGGCCGGUGUCCCUGCUUUUAGAUGUGUCCUUGAUCGAUCACAGCUGAU